AUGUUCUUACUGGAAAUGGUUUCUUCCGUGAAUUCACGUUUGGAAAUAACUCUAAAAUGGGAUGAUUUCCACAUUACUCCCUCAACGCAAGUGCGGCUGAACAUUCGAACUGAAUUCACCGACAACUUUGAUAUGCUGAACUUUUUAAAUCCAGUCACUCAACAGGCUUUAUCUGCAGCGCUCAAUGCUGCGUUACCUAAUAUAGUGACCAAAGUAGUGAACACUAAGUUGAAUCCUCUUUUGCACAAGGCGAAACUAAAUUUAACGGAGAUCAUGGGAGAUGGUUGGACCGUUCUAUGCAAUGUGAAGGAUCAGUAUCUGCAGAUAGCACUGAAAAACAAAAGGUAAAG